CGUCGAGAUUUCAUUUCAACAGGUGCUCGUGCAAAAAUACAUAAACAUUUGCUACUCAGUGAUCUUGUUAAAAUGGCACGUGUACGUUUAAGAGCAUGUGAUUUGGAGCAGAUUCAGAUUGUACUUGAAGUCGGUAUUGGUCUUGGUGUAUUUUCUGGUGAGAACAUUGGAUUUGCACACAAAGUGAAAAAGUUAUCAGCUAAAGCAAUUAGACAUAGAUUAAAUAUGAGUAUAAUUGGUAUGUAUGUAUAUAUCUAAUGAACUACGCCCGUCCUAUAUCUGAUGCAAGUGAGCCUACGCAUGUGCCGUAUAUUGUUUCGUUUGAGUGUGCGAGGAACGUAGGCGCCG